GGUGUACUCUCGAGAUCGUCCGACAUCGUACAAGCCCAAAAAUAUCAAUGUUUUUAAGACUUAUUUAGUCUGUAUCUUCAGCAGUUUCGAUGUCUUCAGAAGGAAGAAUCUCUCUGUUAUGGUUCGCCAAUGGUUUUUACUUGCAUAUUUAAUGUUUUUGCCCAUAUUUGUGGACAGUCACGGAGGAGAGCGCGCUCUGAGAUCGACGUUCUUCUCUUUCGAUAUCAAAAAGAAAGUCAAACACCACAAGCAUGUCAAUGACACUCGAACUUCACCGACGACUACACAGACGAAGAUACCUGAAGAAGAAAUGGAAUUUACACUUCGAAGCACUUCAUACGCCUAUGUAAUCGAACUAGAUGUUGGGAAUCCACCACAAAAGCUUGAAUUUCUUAUCGAYACUGGAUCUUCCAACAUGGCGAUUGCAGGCCCUAAUUGUGAAGAUCAGUUUGGAAAAGAAUGUCAAAUCGACGCAUUCUACUAUCCAAGCAAAUCAAGCACCUCGUCAAAUCUCCACAUUCCUAUAGAGACACAAUAUGGCAAAGGAGCAUGGUCAGGCUACAUCUACAGAGACGUUGUAGCGUUUCCUGGUGAUGGUCCCAGCACUGUUGCCGAGUUUGCGGUGAUMCGUAAUGAAAAGGACUUCUUUUUAAGAAAUUCUAUAAAUGAAGGUAUAUUGGGUAUGGCGUAUAGAAGCCUUGCWACAGAUGGCGUUGAGCCUCUUUACGACCAGCUCGUCCAAGAUGGCCGAGUACCUAACGUCUUCACAUUAGGUCUUUGCAACGGAAUGGGUCAAAUGUGGCUGGAUUGGCCAGAAAAGGAUAAAUACAUAGGACCUAUUCAUUUUACAGAAAUCAACCAGGAAACCUGGUACAGCGUAACUAUGACGGGAAUAGACGUUGCUGGCAAUAGUCUUGGGCUGCCUUCUCAUAUGUUUACCAAUGCAAUUGUUGAUAGUGGAACCACUGAUAUUCUACUACCGCCAAGUGUUUAUGCAGCCACUAUUAAUGAACUUAAAAAGCAUGCACCUCCAGUAGAHGAACGGUUCUGGGAUAACUACUGUGUUGAUACUGAUCCAUAUCAAUGGCCAUACAUCACUAUUUACCUUACGGAUAUGAGAGGAGGAUCAUUUGGUCUAACGAUUCUCGGAAAACAUUACGUGAGAAAACAAGAUGAUUUCCAYUGUCUUAGUAUCGGCCAAAAACCAUCAGGCACUGUUCUUGGYGAGGUGUCAAUGGAAGGCAACGUUGUAGUGUUUGACCGAGAAAACCAAAGAAUAGGAUUCGCGCCUAGUAAUAUGACACACCCUGAGGAAGGGCCGUGCGGGAACCCAAUGAGAGUCAAUAAUACUGUCGUAGGUCGUCUACAUAAAUAUUGUAAAGCUCCCGAAAUGCCUAAAGAAACAUGCGCAAUGACAUGYGAUUCCUGUAUCAAGGAGGGUGGGGUUUGGUGUCCGGAUGGUAAAGUCGUAGUUUGGAUCAAUGGAGUGAGAUCACUGCUAAGCACAACGAAAGGAUUUUGUUGGCAGGGAGGUAUAUUCAUGCUUGACGAUGCUAAAGUCCAGACGUUUCUUAAAGGUCAUGGCAGCGCUGAGUUYCAGGCUUAUUGUGAAGCUAUUCUUCCUAUGUAUAAACAAUGCUCAGUUGAUGGAAUCUGGGCUGUCCUUAUCUCUGGUUUUAUCGUAUUCCUUAUUUUUGUCGUYGUWUUAUUCUUUUGUUGCAAGCGUUCUAUGCUAAAAAACAGAGAUAAUAACUAUGACUUUAGGCAGUAAGACCGUAGUUUAUACAUAAACAGAAACCUCUGUAGAGCGGACACUUAACGACCAGUCGUAAUGCGGAGUAAUGCUAUAGUGAUUACUCUUUUAGUUUUAUAGAUUUAUAAGUUACUUGAUUAGGUGGACCAUUAUUAAGCCAUGUUGUUUCAGGAACGUGUGCAGGGGGGUACAGGAUCUAGGGGUUCCAAAACCUCCCCUUCCUCAGUAGACUAGUGUUUGGAAUGUCAUUUACUUUGCCUAAUCAAUAGGGUACACAUUUUUUUAUGGUCCAACAGUUUGUUUGAUGUAAAUUCAAAACAAUACUCUUGGACUUUUGCAGCCAAUCGCCUUCUCCAAGUCUUGAAACCGCAAACGGCUGACCCUCCCCCUCCCCCCUUCAUGCACACGCCCCUUAUUUGGUGAUGCAGACAAGUGCCAAAAAAUCUCUCACACAGUACCAGGCGAUGGAGACUUUAGACUAUGUAAAAUAUGCUUAACAUGCAUAACAAUACAACGUCUUUUGAUACGAAUAUCAAACAAAGGAAAUAUGCUGCCAAAUAGUAAAAUUUAUAGACCUUUUUCUAUUCACAUCUCUAUGCCCUAUAGUUUUUGUAUUAACCAGAUGAUUUUGAUUAAUAAUAACUACGAUAUGAUAAUGAAACAUACUGGAGUGUACAAUAUUAUUUUUAUACAAUCAUUUUUACAUUGAUAUUUUUGGAAUAAACAUCGAGUAACGAUA